CACCGAACGGUCACAGUGUACCAUUUUUGGCCCGCGGUGUUUAUCGCAGUACGAGGUUCAACGACAGCGUGAAACGUGGCACGCCACCGGAUGUGGUAUAGCUUUGGAGGCAGGUCGCUUGGUGUGGAAGCUUCCGGUGAACGGUUAGAACAAUCAACAUUGCUAGAAAGAUGCACGUUUUUGUGUUCGACGAGGCGAGGCAAAAGCGAAUGGGAUGCAAUUAUGAAUCAAUAUUAGCAAUCUUCCAUUGCAUUACAAACCCUUUUCGCUAGAUAAGAUGCUUACCGCUGCACGAACAAGCAUUGCCAACCACAAUCAAGCAGGAUAUAAAGUUGAAAGAACCGCACUCCGUACAGGAUGAAAGCAAUAUAUGAAAGUGAAUGGAAUUAUCCAACCCAACCGCUUGGUGCGUGGAUUCGUAAGGAAACGUUUCGUAGUGUAAACCAAAAGUGAACAAGCGGCAGCACAGCACAGACGCUUAAACAUUAAACAAGUGACAAACCCCACAGCUGACUUGAUUAGUAGUGGCACAAGGAAUAAAGCUAUCCAACCCAGGAGCCAAUGGAGGGCUUUCGCUCUUGACUCUUUCCUUUGAAACUCGCUCUACGACAUUCCCGUGCUCCGUCUAAUCAAGCGUUCCGACAAACACUUUGGCUGGUUGUGACACCCGGCGCCCGGCACUGAUAAUGGAACACACUCAUCAAUUAGUAAAGGUGACGAAUUUCAUGCUACACUUGAUUCUACUGCUGCCACUACAACACACAACCUCGACCAGCGACAGUGAGGGAGGAAAUGCUCUCCCGAACAAUAUCGGUGCGAUUGGAGGGUUGGUGGGGAAAUCUUCCAGCGACUAUACCGGCCCGAUCACGGCUGGUGCGACGAUCACGGGCAGCGGGCGCGAAAGGUCACACUUAAAAGGGACUGGAGGCUGUAAUCGGGUGGUGUUUAGCUCGAGCCGCAUCCGAAACGGUAGCAUCGCACCGUCCCAUUCGAAACAUUCCGGCCUGUUUCCAUCGAGCCUGUGCCAGCUGUACGAGUUUGUCGGCGAUGGAGCGGAACGUGUUCAGAUCAUCUUUUCGGAGUUUCGUCUUCCGUCGACGCUCGGGCCGACCGAAUGCGGUGACACGGAUAUCCUAAUGGUUUACUACAUCGUUAACGGUCGCGAGGAGCUCGUGGAGACGCUUUGCGGUGACACGCUCCCCAAGCCGAUACUGUCCGACGGGUCGAGGCUACUGUUGGAGCUGCGCAGUAGUUACAACAACACGGAAAACAAGGGAUUUACGGGGGACUUUUUCUUUCUCACAAAUUUUGGCAUUCCAAAUGGCUUUCAACCGAAUCAGUCCGAAUGCACCUUUCACUACUUCCGGAACGUCACCAGCCAGGGAUGGAUCCAGUCACCCAACUUUCCCGGAGCCUAUCCAAGAAACAUCAUCUGUAACUAUCUAUUUCACGGUGGGCCCAACGAUUUCGUCCACGUGCGCUUCACGUACUUCGACAUCGAAGGAAUACGACCCUGCGACGAGGACACAGCCAGCGAUUACGUGGAGUUUUCUAAUUUUGUCACGCGCGAUCGCAAGUACGCGAUGUACUGUGGUAGCUGGCGCGAGCUAGUGGUACGCUCGGACGGUCGUUUCUUUCGCAUUACGAUGGUAUCGAACGAUCGUCUGGAUGGGACCGGCUUUCGGGCGCUCUACACCUUCGAAACGGUGCCGGUGGAGACGACGGAGCGGACCGAGGUAGCGUCGAUGGGCAAGAUCACCACGACCAGUGCCGCCAGCCGGCUGCAUGGCUCACUGUCACUGAUGGCACUGAUUACGGUCCCUUCCUCACUCGCCAUCACGAACGAAAUCGGCAUCAUUAGCAUCAUUGGUAUUGUGCUCAUAAAAUUCUGUUUAGACUGAUGACAACGUUGGAACAGCACAGCGUCCGCGAAAAAAGAACAUCCCACACGGAAGGAACGACGGAUUUAAUGGUCGUGCACUGAAAUUGCUUCCGUUAUCAGUUUACGCAAGAAGGGCUCACGAUGAGAUGCAAUACAUCGUCCAGAGGAACCUGCCCCAGAAAAGCUGUCCCUAAAAGUUCUAGAAAGACACGCAAAUCAGAGCUCGCACGUGUGGAAACGAAAGGAUUUUAAACCAAUGGAAAUUUUUUUUUAAACCAAGAACUUGAUUUUUGUGAACUGAAACCGUUUUCAUAAAAAUUGUACAUAUUUCAAAUAAAACAUGUGAUUACUGGCAAGU